AUUUUGUCUGACCUUCCCCGUGCUUCCUCAUUCAAAAACAACGAGACUCGAUGCAAAGCGCCAGAGAAAGCCGGCCUGGAACGCCAAUGGUCGUCACCAGUGCUUCUGCAACGCCCGUCCCGACGCCGCCGGUUGCGUCCGCCGCGCCUCAGCUCGUGCCAGAGCAGUUUGUCUUCCUGCCGAUGGUCGUGCAGCUGCUCGAGACGCUCCGCUCGACCGAGGACGCCGUGUCGUUGAGCGCGCAUCGACUGGUGGCUGGCUUGAAUGCUAAAAUCGCCCAAUGUCGGCAGGUUCUGGACGCGCUUGCAGGCGCGCAAUACACUCAAGAACAGCAGGAGCAGCUGAUAAAACACUACGAGGACGCGCUUGUUCAUAAAAGAGACCUCAUUCGACAGUACCAAGCGCUGCCUGUAUUUCAACGAGCAUUAGAAAACACAUUAUCGGCGUCCGCGGAGCGUUCAAGUCACAAUGCAACCGAUGCACAGCAAGAAAAUGGCGACGCAGCAUCAACCAUCGCCGUUGAUCCUCUUUCCGUCACAGCUGAGCCCAUGGCGCUCUGAAUCGCAACAUGUUAAGAAAUGAAUCGCCAUUCCGAUGGUAUUGGAUCGCGGGCAACGAGACAGAAGGUUGGAAAAAGCAAAUAUUACAGCGACUCCAAUCACGCCGAGUUUCUAUCCAUCACGAGAGUUCCUCACCGCGUUGCGCAAAUAUGCCACAGAUAGCGGAAAUGACAAACGCACAAAAGGAUUAAAAAAUAAUACUGUUUACUUUGCUAUGUUAGUUGUUUUGGAAAGAUGACAGGAAUCGAAAACCCAUGAAAAAGGGUUCAAAAAAGAA